AUGUCAGCCAGUAACAGUCCUAUCAAAAUUAGAGGUGAGCACCCCCAAAAUGGCAGUACAAGUAGCUCCACCACGAAUACGUCUAGGUCCAACAGUACUAGUCAUACCCCCAAUAAUAAUAAUAAUAAUAAUAAUAAUAAUAGUAAUAAUUCCAAUAACAAUAAUAAUAAUACAUCCAAAGUGAUUGACUCGUUACAUUCACAAAUCGAUAGUUUAAAGGAACAACUAGAAACUGUACAACUAUCGUGUGAUGAUUAUCGAAAGAAAUAUACUGUAGUAUCUCAAAAGAAUGAAUCUUACUUAGAUCAACUAGCCAAUUCCAAGCAUGAAGGUGAUAUGAUAAAUGCCUUGUUAAAAAGAAAAGAAAGAAGAAUCAUUGACUUGGAAAAUCAAAUUAAUGAAUUAUAUUCAAAUAAUGAGACUUUAACUUUAACAAAUAAGAAUUUGAAAAUUAGAUGUGAUAACUUACAAGAUUCAUCUUUAAGUUCUAUUGCUGAAUAUGAAAGAAUGAAAAUUAGUUAUGAUGCCUUAGUUGCAGCUCAAGCUGAAUAUAAAAGACAUUAUCAACAAGAAAUAUCUCAAAUAAGUGAUCAAUUUGAACAAUAUAAGCAUGAUCAACAACAAAGAUUAGAAGAAUUACAAUUGAAAUUUGCUAACAAUGAUAAGGAUGUUGAUACCUUGUUGGAUAGUUUGACUAAUAAAAGGAAAGCUAUGGAUUCUAUUUAUAUUAAAAAGAAUAAAAUGGUCUUGGAAUUACUAUUUAAUCUUAGUAAGGUUGCUAAAUUACAUGGUCAAGAUUCAAUGCAAAUUUUGAAACAAUCGGUAGAAACAGUUCAAUUCUUAGUUGAUAAAUAUCCUGAUUUGCCGGAAAGACUUAGUCCAAUUGAAGAGAUGGAUAUCAAUUUAGAGGAAUUAUUGAACGAAUCUCACGAAACAUUAUCAAAUUGUUCAUUUGAUGAUGAUAUAAGUGAAACAUCAAGUAUUUCAAAUCAAGCUGAAAUUGAUGUUAAUGAAGAAGAGAAAUCUAAUUCUAUGCCAGCAUCAAGAAAUACUUCUGGUGGAACGGUACAAAGAUCUAAUACAUUACAAAAUAGAAAGAGAAAGAAUAAAAGGAAUUCCAUUAGAUUUGAUUCUAAAGGGGCACCUGAUUUAUCCAAUAUAGUAACUCCAACUAAUAAUAAUCAAAACCAGUUUGUGUUACCUAAGCGUCCAACUAAUAAUAGUAAUAGCAAUCAAUCCAAUCAACCGACUCAUUAUAACAAUAAUUCUAAUAAUCACACUAAUACCCACAAUAGAAAUUUAUCAGUUAAUUCUAAUCUGUCGCGUCAAUCAUCGGUUAGUUAUCAAACUACUUAUGAUUCUAACACUUUCCAAAUUACUCAACAUCGACUUAAUAGUAGUGGACAUACUAACAACAAUAACAAGGGUGGAUAUAGAAAUAGUAGUAGCCACAAUAACAAUAAUAACUACAAUAACAACAACAACAAUACCAACAACACCAACCAUAAUCACAACAACAAUCAUAACAACUCUAAUAACAACAACAGCAACGGUGGAGGAACUUCGAAACAAGCUAAGAGAAGAUCUAUGUAUAAUAACAGUAACAAUAAAAGAAAUUCACAAUUAUUCGAUGCUACAAAUUUAAACUAUCCGUUGAAUUCUAAUUAA